AUGUCGCUCGAAAUUCCAUUAAUGAGCACGGAUGAGGUGAUUGAGUUGGAUCCAGAGCAAUUACCUUCUGGUGAUGAAGUUUUAAGUAUAUUGCAACAAGAACGCUCACAACUCAGUGUUUGGAUCAAUGUCGCACUUGCUUAUUAUAAGCAAAAGAAAAUCGAUGACUUCCUUAAGAUUUUGGAAUCGUCCAGAGUGGAUGCCAACAUUGAUUAUAGAGACUUUGAAAGAGACCAAAUGCGUGCUCUUGACAUGUUGGCAGCAUACUAUGUGCAAGAAGCGAAUAAGGAGAAAUCAAAGGACAAAAAGAAGGAACUCUUUACAAAAGCAACUUUGCUUUACACAAUGGCAGACAAGAUUAUUAUGUAUGACCAAAACCAUCUUCUCGGACGUGCAUAUUUCUGUCUGCUCGAAGGUGAUAAAAUGGAGCAAGCAGACGCCCAGUUCAAUUUUGUACUUAAUCAGUCACCAAACAAUGUACCUUCUUUGCUGGGUAAAGCCUGUAUAGCAUUCAAUCGAAAAGAUUAUAGAGGUGCUUUAGCGUUUUAUAAGAAAGCACUGAGGACCAACCCUGAUAGUCCUGCUGCUUUGCGUCUUGGCAUGGGGCAUUGUUUCAUGAAAUUAAAUAAUCAGGAAAAAGCCAGGAUGGCAUUUGAAAGAGCACUACAACUGGAUCCACAAUGUGUUGGUGCUCUUGUGGGCCUGUCUAUUUUAAAGCUUAACCUACAUGAGAACGAGUCUAAUAAAAUGGCUGUCAUAAUGUUGUCAAAAGCAUAUGCCAUUGACCCCAAAAAUCCUAUGGUUUUAAAUCAUCUAGCCAACCAUUUUUUCUUUAAAAAGGACUACGGCAAGGUGCUUCACUUAGCUAUGCAUGCUUUUCACAACACAGAGAAUGAAGCGAUGCGGGCUGAGAGUUGUCAUCAUCUCGCCCGCGCAUUUCACGCUCAAGGGGAUUGCGACCAAGCCUUUCAAUAUUAUUACCAGGCCACACAGUUUGCACCACCUAACUUUGUGUUGCCCCAUUAUGGCCUUGGACAAAUGUAUAUUUAUAGAGGGGACACUGAAAAUGCUGCACAAUGCUUUGAAAAAGUUUUAAAAGCACAGCCGGGAAACUAUGAAACAAUGAAAAUAUUGGGCUCGCUGUACGCAAACUCGCCGUCCCAAUCGAAGCGCGACAUUGCACGCCAGCACUUGAAAAAGGUCACAGAACAGUUUCCGGAUGACGUCGAAGCCUGGAUUGAAUUAGCACAGAUAUUAGAACAGAAUGAUUUACAGGGCUCUCUAAACGCUUACAGUACUGCAAUGAAAAUUUUAAAAGAGAAAGUGAAUGCAGAUAUUCCCGCUGAAAUAUUAAACAAUGUAGCGGCUCUUCAUUAUAGGCUGGGUAAUAUGAACGAAGCUAUGAAAUAUUUGGAGGAAGCUUUGGAAAGAGAGAAAGCUGAUGCUAAAACACUAGAUGCACAAUAUUACAAUUCCAUAGCAGUGACGACUAUGUACAACUUAGCCAGGUUAAAUGAAGCCCUCUGUAUUUAUAACAAAGCCGAGAAACUGUAUAAGGACAUCUUGAAGGAACAUCCAAACUAUAUUGAUUGUUAUUUGAGAUUAGGCUGCAUGGCUCGAGACAAGGGUCGUAUCUACGACGCGUCUGAUUGGUUCAAGGAAGCUCUCAAAGUGAACACGGAGCACCCGGACACUUGGUCACUGCUUGGCAACUUGCACUUGGCACAACAGGAAUGGGGACCUGGACAGAAAAAGUUCGAGAGGAUAUUGCAAAAUGCUUCCACGUCCACUGAUGCAUACUCUUUGAUUGCUCUUGGCAAUGUAUGGCUCCAAACACUACAUCAGCCAUGCCGUGAAAAAGAACGAGAAAAGAGACAUCAGGAACGGGCACUCGCUAUGUACAAGCAAGUGCUCAAAAACGACCAAAGGAAUAUUUGGGCCGCAAACGGAAUUGGCUGUGUCUUGGCGCAUAAGGGUUGCAUAAACGAAGCCCGUGACAUCUUUGCGCAAGUACGCGAAGCGACCGCGGACUUCCCCGACGUUUGGAUGAACAUCGCACAUAUCUACGUCGAGCAGAAGCAGUACAUCAACGCUAUACAGAUGUACGAGAACUGCAUUCGCAAGUUCCGCAUGCAGCACGACGAGGAGUGGCUGACGUGGCUGGCGCGCGCGCACGGGCUGGCAGGGCGCGCGGGCGCCGCGCGUUCGGCCUUGCUGCGGGCGCGCCGCGUGGCGCCGCACGACGCCGCGCUGCUGUACAACACGGCGCUCGCGCUGCGCCGCCUGGCCGCACACGUGCUCAAGGACGAGCGCUCCGAGCUCUCCGUCGUGCUGCGAGCCGUGCACGAGCUGCAAGUCUCGCACCGGUACUUCCAGCGGCUGUCGACGUCGGCCGGCGAAGGCACGGAGCGCGCGCGUUACGAGGCGGGCGCGGCGGCGGCCGAGGCGCGCACGUGCGCCGACCUGCUGUCGCAGGCGCAGUGGCACGUGGCGCGCGCGCGCCGUCAGCACGACGAGGAGCUCACGCUGCGUGACCGCCAGCGCGAACAGCGCGAGGCCUUCCGCCGCCGACAGGAGGAAGAAAGAAAACGCCGCGAGGAAGAACAGCAGAAAAGUACAGUGGAAAUGCUUCAGAAGCGUCAGGAGUUCAAGGAGAAGACAAAGAACGCAUUGGUGUUCGCGGAAAUGCCACCAGAGAGCAAAUCUCGUGGCAGGGGACGAAGGCGGGACGAGUAUGUGUCAGAUUCGCCGGGCAGCGGUAGUGAUGGUCCCCGGGAGGAACGUCGUGAGGCCAAGCAGAAGAAGAACCGCAAGCGUGAAGGCGGCGAGGGCAGGAAGGGACGGUCGCGCAAACGCCGCGAGCGUGGUAGUGGUAGCGACAGUGAUCCGGCGCCUAAGCGCGGCAGGAAGAAGGGUGAAAAGGGCAUCGGCAAACGUGAGAAAGCCAAGGCAAAAGCGGCGGAGGAGAAACUUAGUGCGAAGCAACGCAUGAAGAUCGUAUCGAAGGAAACUAUUUCCACGUCCGAGUCGGACUCGGAUGCUUCACGGAAGUCGCGCAGUCGUAGCCGCAGUGGAAGCCGAAGUCGCAGCGGAAGCCGGAGCCGCAGCCCGCCCGCGAACAAAGGCCGCAAACGCAUCAUGUCUGCUUCCGACAGCGACAGGUCACGUUCAAAAAGUCGCUCGAAGUCUCGCAGUCGGUCCCGCUCUGGAUCGGCGAAGAGUCGCUCUCCUUCUAAACGCCGAUCAAGGUCGAAAUCAAAAAGCCGAUCGAGAUCGAAGAGCGGGUCGAGGUCGAAAAGCAGGUCGAGAUCGAAAAGCAAGUCGCGCUCAAAAAGCAGGUCUCGUUCUAAAAGUGGUUCUAGAUCCAAGAGUCCUUCGAGGUCACGCUCCAGGUCAAAAAGCAGAUCUCGGUCUAAGUCGAAGAGUGCGUCAAGAUCUCGUUCGAGAUCCAAAAGUGGCUCUAGAAGCCGUUCCGGUUCCCGCUCCCACUCCGGUUCCAGAUCUCGAUCUGGAUCUAGGAACUCUAGACCAGAGACCCCAGUAUCAAGAAAAUCCGUGUCUGCUAGCGAGGAUGAAACAUAG